GGCUGCUAAAACAAAGUUUUAAAACUUUUUGUUUUGCAUUUUUUUCCUAAAACAAUCAUCACGUUCACUAGAUUUUAGCAGCAGUUGAGAGGAUCCCGAGCUAUAACGUGACCGCUAAUUUGAUCAACAGACUUUUGAACUUGUGCCUUUAACAAAAAAAACAUUGAUCUGGAAAUCCUUCGAAAAGCCAAGGAGCGAGUGUGUUCCCAGGAUGGGGAUACGGUGCUGUUGGAAAUUUCUGCUGGGAUGUAUUGCAAUAACAGGCAUCGCGGUGGAAAAUGUGAAGGGACAACAAUAUGCAAGAGGAUUUGAAGCACAGAGAUUCAAUCCAAAUGAAAUGGGGGAAGCAACCAGCAGAGUGAGGCGAAGAGGCCAGCAUGAUAUGCUCAGAGGGCCAAAUGUCUGUGGAUCUCGAUUUCACUCCUACUGUUGCCCGGGAUGGAAAACGUUACCUGGUGGAAAUCAGUGCAUUGUCCCUAUUUGUCGAAAUACCUGUGGUGAUGGAUUCUGCUCACGCCCCAACAUGUGCACCUGCUCCAAUGGACAAAUCUCUCCAAGCUGUGGGACUAAAUCACUUCAACAAUGCAACAUCAGAUGUAUGAAUGGAGGGAAUUGUGCAGAAAACCAUUGCCAGUGCCAGAAAGGAUACACAGGAACCCACUGUGGACAGCCUGUCUGUGAAAAUGGUUGCCAGAAUGGUGGUCGUUGUAUUGGACCUAAUCGUUGUGCCUGUGUGUAUGGAUUUACUGGCCCCCAGUGUGAAAGAGAUUACCGGACUGGUCCUUGUUUUACGCAAGUGAAUAACGAGAUGUGCCAGGGCCAGAUCAGUGGCAUCAUCUGCACCAAAACACUCUGCUGUGCAACUGUUGGACGUGCUUGGGGCCAUCCAUGUGAAAUUUGUCCAGCUCAACCCCACCCCUGUCGUCGUGGCUUCAUCCCAAAUAUUCGUUCUGGUGCUUGCCAAGAUGUUGAUGAAUGUCAGGCCAUCCCAGGCAUGUGCCAAGGUGGAAACUGUAUCAACACAGUUGGCUCCUAUGAAUGCAAAUGUCCUGCUGGUCAUAAACAGGGUGAAGUAUCUCAGAAAUGUGAAGAUAUUGAUGAAUGUAGAACUACCCUUGGUGCUUGUGAUGGAGGUGAAUGCACUAACACCAUCGGCAGCUUUUACUGUACCUGCCCCCAUGGCUAUGCAACAUCUCCAGAUGGUUCUCGAUGCAUUGAUCAGCGAGCUGGUACCUGCUUUUCCAGACUGAUUAAUGGCCGUUGUGCUCAGGAAUUAACCAGACCUUACACUAAGAUGCAGUGCUGCUGUGAAUCUGGACGCUGUUGGGCCCUUGGUUCUGUUCCAGAGAUGUGCCCAAUCACGGGUUCUGAUGAAUAUCGUAGACUCUGCAUUGAAGGUGUUCCUGUUGUACAGGGCAUUCCACACCAUGAUCCAAAUUUUAGAAUUGACAAUGGAGGCUUUCCUAGAUUUGACUUCCGUGGAGAAAGAUAUCCACCUGUUGUUCCCGUGACACGACCUUCCAUUGUUGACGGUAGCCCGGAUGGACGUGAAAAUGUCCUCAAUGGGCGACAAAGACUUCCAGAUAUCGGUACCUUUACCAUUAAUCAAACAAAACCUGACUACUGUAAGCACUUCACCAAUCUCUGCAAGAAUGGACGGUGUAUUCCAACACCCGCUGGUCACCGCUGUGAAUGCAACAUGGGUUUUAAGCAAGAUGUACCUGGAGAAUGUGUUGAUUUUGAUGAGUGUACUUCAAGUCCCUGUACAAAUGGUGAUUGUAUAAAUACUCCAGGCUCCUAUCAUUGUAAAUGCCACACUGGUUUCCAGAGCACCCCAACCAAACAAUCCUGCAUUGAUAUUGAUGAGUGUAUUCACAAUGGACUUCUUUGCAAAAACGGUCGUUGUGUGAACACAGAUGGAAGCUUUCAAUGUAUUUGUAAUGCUGGCUUUGAAUUAACUCCAGAUGGAAAGAAUUGCAUUGAUCAUGAUGAGUGUGCCACCACCAACAUGUGUCUGAAUGGCAUGUGCAUCAAUGAAGAUGGAAGUUUCAAGUGCAUCUGCAAGCCUGGCUUUGUGCUGGCUCCCAAUGGGCGAUACUGUGUUGACACUGAUGAAUGCCAGACACCAGGAAUCUGUAUGAAUGGCCGUUGCAUCAACACUGAAGGCUCUUUCAGGUGUGAGUGCCCCCCAGGCCUCGCUGUUGGUGUAGAUGGGCGAGUUUGUGUCGACACCCACAUGCGCAGCACAUGCUAUGGAGGAAUUAAGAAAGGACUAUGUGUCCGCCCUUUCUCUGGAGCAGUGACAAAAUCAGAAUGCUGCUGUGCCAGUCUGGAUAACGGAUUUGGAGAGCCAUGUCAACCUUGCCCAGCAAAAAAUUCAGCUGAAUUCCAGGCCCUGUGUAGCAGUGGAAUUGGUAUCACAGCGGAUGGAAGAGACAUUAAUGAAUGUGCUCUGGACCCUGAUAUCUGCCCCAAUGGAAUAUGUGAAAAUCUUCGGGCCAGCUACCGCUGUAUCUGUAACAUUGGAUAUGAAUCAGACAUAAGUGGAAAGAAUUGUGUGGACAUUGAUGAAUGUGCAGAUAACAGGCUCCUGUGUGAUAAUGGGCUUUGCCGGAACACACCUGGCGGCUACACCUGCAGUUGUCCAAAGGGUUACCUCUUCAAACCAGACUCUGAAACCUGUGAAGAUGUGAAUGAAUGUGAGAACAGUCCUUGUGUUAAUGGAGAAUGUAGGAAUACAGCAGGUUCAUUCUCCUGCGAAUGCUCCACUGGUAGCAAACUGGAUUCAAGUAGAACUGUUUGCAUUGACAGCGUAAAAGGAACUUGUUGGUUGAACAUUCAAAACAGUCGCUGUGAAGUAAACAUCAAUGGAGCUACGUUGAAGUCAGAAUGUUGUGCUACUCUGGGAGCUGCGUGGGGCAGUCCUUGUGAGCGCUGUGAAUUAGAUACUGCCUGCCCAAGAGGUUAUGCAAGAGUUAAGGGUGUGGCCUGUGAAGAUGUGAAUGAAUGCACAGUCUUUCCUGGUAUUUGCCCAAAUGGGAGGUGUGUGAAUACUCAAGGGUCCUUCCAAUGCGAAUGUCCUGAAGGACUGACCAGAGAUGGCACAGGCCGAAUUUGUGUGGAUAUCCGCCUUGAGCAAUGUUAUCUGAAGUGGGAUGAAGAUGAAUGUACCGAACCAGUUGCUGGAAAAUUCCGAAUGGAUGCCUGCUGUUGUUCGAUUGGAUCUGCUUGGGGUUCAGACUGUGAUGAAUGCCCCAGGCCAGGCACUAAGGAAUAUGAGCUUCUUUGUCCAAGAGGUCCAGGGUUUGCCAACAGAGGUGACAUUCUAACAGGAAGACCAUUUUAUAAAGAUGUCAAUGAAUGUAAAGUGUUCCACAACCUCUGCAUUAAUGGAAGAUGCAGGAACACCAUUGGCAGCUUUAGAUGUAAAUGUGACAAUGGAUUUGCUCUGGAUAUGGAGGAAAGGAACUGCACAGACAUUGAUGAAUGUCGCAUCUCUCCUGACCUCUGUGGGAAUGGAACUUGUGUCAAUACUCCUGGCAGCUUUGAGUGUGAGUGCUUUGAAGGCUUUGAGAGUGGAUUUAUGAUGAUGAAGAACUGUAUGGAUAUUGAUGAAUGUGAGAGAAAUCCAUUGCUGUGUCGAGGUGGUACAUGUAUAAACACAGAAGGCAGCUAUAGAUGCAUGUGCCCUCCAGGGCACGAGCUCACUUCAGAUGGCAGUGCCUGUGUUGAUAUCAAUGAGUGUUCCCUCAGUGACAACCUCUGCAGAAAUGGCAAGUGUGUAAAUAUGAUUGGAACCUAUCAGUGUGCCUGCAACCCAGGAUACCAGGCUACCCCUGACAGGCAAAGCUGUGUUGAUAUCGAUGAAUGUACUAUUAUGAAUGGAGGCUGUGACACACAUUGUACAAAUUCAGAAGGCAGUUAUGAAUGCAGUUGCAUUGAAGGUUAUGCUCUAAUGCCAGAUAAAAGAACUUGUGCAGACAUUGAUGAAUGUGAGGAUAAUCCUGAUAUCUGUGAUGGUGGACAAUGCACUAACAUCCCUGGGGAAUAUCGCUGCCUGUGUUUUGAUGGAUUCAUGGCUUCUAUGGACAUGAGGACCUGCAUUGAUGUGAAUGAAUGUGACUUGAACUCUAACAUCUGUCUCUAUGGUGACUGUGAGAAUACCAAAGGCUCCUUUAUUUGCCAUUGCCAGCUCGGAUACUUCGUGAAGAAAGGAACAACUGGAUGUUCAGAUGUUGAUGAGUGUGAAAUUGGGGCCCACAAUUGUGACAUGCAUGCUUCAUGUGUCAAUGUUCCUGGAAGCUUCCAGUGCAGCUGCCGUGAGGGAUGGAUCGGUGAUGGCACCUCUUGUGUUGACCUUGACGAGUGCAACAAUGAAACACAUCAUUGCAACCUCAACGCUAAGUGUAUGAACACACCUGGGUCAUAUCGCUGCCUCUGCUCUGAAGGCUUCAGUGGGGAUGGCUUUAUGUGUUCAGAUGUGGAUGAAUGUGCAGAGAAUGUUAAUCUGUGUGAGAAUGGCCAGUGCCUCAACACACCUGGAGGAUACCGAUGUGACUGCGAGAUGGGAUUCACACCAGCUUCUGAUAGCAAAUCCUGUCAAGAUAUUGAUGAAUGCUCAUUUCAGAAUAUCUGUGUCUUUGGCACCUGCCUGAACUUUCAGGGUGUGUUCAGGUGUGUCUGUGAUGAUGGCUAUGAACUUGACAGAAGUGGAGGCAACUGUACAGAUAUUAAUGAGUGUGCUGAUCCAGUCAAUUGCAUCAAUGGUUUAUGUGUAAAUACACCAGGAAAUUACCUGUGCAAUUGUCCUGCUGAUUUUGAGCUUAAUCCAACUGGAGUUGGCUGUGUUGAUACUCGUGUUGGGAAUUGUUAUUUAGAAUAUGGCCAACGAGGUGAUGGAGGCCUGUCCUGCAGCGUUGACAUUGGUGUUGGUGUCACUCGUGCUUCAUGCUGUUGCUCUCUGGGAAGUGCCUGGGGUAACCCUUGUGAAAUCUGCCCUGAUGUCAAUUCAACUGAUUACAAGAUACUUUGUCCAGGAGGUGAAGGAUUUAGGCCUAAUGCCAUCACUGUCAUCUUAGAGGAUAUUGAUGAAUGCCAGGAGCUGCCAGGCCUGUGUCAAGGUGGGAACUGUGUCAACACUUUUGGCAGUUUCCAGUGUGAAUGCCCAGCUGGCUAUUAUUUAAAUCAAGACACUCGUAUUUGCGAAGAUAUUGAUGAAUGCAUCACCUAUCCUGGUAUCUGUGGACCUGGCACAUGCUACAACACGCUUGGCAACUACACAUGCGUCUGUCCUCCAGAGUACAUGCAGAUAAAUGGUGGAAACAACUGUAUGGACAUGAGAAAAAGCCUGUGCUAUCGGCACUAUAAUGAAACCUGUGAGAAUGAGCUUCCCUUCAAUCUAACUAAAAAAAUGUGUUGCUGUUCCUACAACGUUGGCAAAGGCUGGAACAAACCUUGUGAACCCUGCCCGACACCUGCAACAUCUGAAUACCAGUUGCUGUGUGGAAAUCAAGGUCCUGGUUAUACCAUCGACUUUGGAACUGGAAAACCAGUUGACAUUGACGAAUGCAGAGAAAUCCCAGGCAUUUGUGCCAAUGGUGUAUGCAUUAAUCAGAUUGGUAGCUUCCGCUGCGAGUGUCCGAUGGGAUUUAGUUACAAUGACUUGCUUCUCAUCUGUGAAGAUAUUGAUGAAUGUAGUAAUGGUGACAUCCUUUGCCAAAGAAAUGCAGAUUGUAUUAAUAUUCCUGGCAGUUAUCGUUGUGAAUGUUCUGCUGGAUACAAACUAGCACCAAAUGGAGCUUGCAUUGAUCGCAAUGAGUGCCUGGAAAUUCCAAAUGUCUGCAGCCAUGGUGAUUGUAUUGACCUGAGAGGAGGUUAUCGAUGUAUAUGUCAUAAUGGCUUCAAGCCAACUCCUGAUCAGACCAUGUGCAUGGAUAUUGAUGAAUGUGAACGGCAGCCUUGUGGAAAUGGAACUUGCAAGAACACUGUGGGAUCUUACAAUUGUCUCUGUUUCCCAGGAUUUGAGUUAACUCACAAUAAUGACUGCAUGGAUAUCGAUGAAUGUACAACUCUCUUUGGCCAAGUCUGUAGAAAUGGACAAUGUUUUAAUAGCAUUGGCUCCUUCCAGUGUCUAUGUCAGGAAGGCUAUGAGCUUACACCUGACAGGAAGAACUGUAUGGAUAUCAAUGAAUGUGUGUUGUCUCCUACAUCGUGUGCCCCUGGAACCUGCCAGAAUCUCGAUGGUGCAUACAGAUGUAUCUGCCCUUCGGGCUAUGAAGUGCAAAAUGAAAACUGUAUAGAUAUAAAUGAAUGUGAAGAAGAUCCUAAUAUCUGUCAGUUUGGUGAUUGUGAGAAUACUGCUGGCAGUUUCCAAUGCGUUUGCCGUCCAGGCUUUAUCCUCUCAGAGAAUGGGCGUAGGUGCUUUGAUACACGUGAAAGUUUCUGCUUCACCAAAUUUGACAAUGGAAAGUGUUCAGUGGCAAAACCUUUCAAUACAACUAAAGCAAAGUGCUGUUGCAGUAAAAUGCCAGGAGAGGGUUGGGGAGAUCCUUGUGAGCUCUGCCCUAAAGAUGGCGAAGUUGCUUUCCUGGAUCUGUGUCCAUAUGGUCAUGGAACUAUCCCUGGCUUUGGAGAGACGCGUGAAGAUGUCAAUGAAUGCUUUGAAAACCCUGGAAUUUGUUCAAAUGGUCAUUGUAUCAACACAGAUGGAUCAUUCCGAUGCGAGUGUCCUAUGGGAUACAGCCUGGACUACAGUGGGGUUAAUUGUGCCGACACCGAUGAAUGUUCCAUUGGUAACCCCUGUGGCAAUGGCACUUGCACUAAUGUGAUUGGUGGAUUCGAAUGCAGCUGUGAAGAAGGAUUUGAACCAGGUCCAAUGAUGACUUGUGAAGAUAUAAAUGAAUGUGCCUUGAACCCACUGCUGUGUGCAUUCCGCUGUGUCAACACCUUUGGUUCCUUUGAAUGUACAUGUCCCACUGGUUACACUUUAAGAGAAGACAGGAAGAUGUGCAGAGACCUUGAUGAAUGUGCUCAGGAACUCCAUGACUGUGAAUCGAGAGGCAUGCUGUGCAAAAACCUGAUUGGUACCUUUAUGUGUAUCUGCCCACCAGGAAUGGUCCGCAGGCCUGAUGGAGAUGGUUGCAUGGAUGACAAUGAAUGCAGGAGCAAACCAGGCAUCUGUGAAAAUGGACGAUGUAUAAAUAUUGUUGGUAGUUACAAAUGUGACUGUGGUGAAGGAUUCGCAACACCCUCUGGCACAGAGUGCAUUGAUAAUCGCCAAGCCUUCUGCUUUGCAGAGGUGCUUCAAACCAUGUGUCAGAUGUCUUCCAGCAGUCGCAAUAUGGUCACCAAGUCUGAAUGUUGUUGUGACGGUGGUCGUGGCUGGGGUAACCAGUGUGAACUAUGCCCACUGCCUGGAACUGCCCAAUACAAAAAGUUAUGUCCGCAUGGUCCAGGCUAUACAACUGAUGGACAAGAUAUUGAUGAGUGCAAGGUGAUGCCCAACCUGUGUCAGAAUGGGCAGUGCAUCAACACGAUAGGUUCUUACCGCUGUCUCUGUAAACUUGGUUAUACUACAGACCUCCUGGGUACAGCAUGUGUUGAUCUUGAUGAAUGUGCUCAGUCUCCAAAACCAUGUAACUUUAUCUGUAAGAAUACAGAAGGGAGCUUCCACUGCUCGUGUCCAAGAGGCUACCUUCUACAGGAGGAUGGAAAGACGUGUAGAGAUCUUGAUGAAUGUUCAACAAAGCAACAUAACUGUCAGUUCCUGUGUGUCAACACUAUUGGAGGAUUUACAUGCAAGUGCCCACCUGGUUUCACACAACAUCACACUGCCUGCAUUGAUAACAAUGAAUGUGCAUCACAGCUUUCACUCUGUGGAUCAAAGGGGCUUUGUCAGAACUCCCCUGGAAGUUUUAGCUGUGAAUGUCAGCGAGGAUUUUCUCUUGAUCACACUGGAUUGAACUGUGAAGAUGUGAAUGAAUGUGAAGGGAGCCACAGAUGUCAGCAUGGUUGUCAAAACAUGCUUGGGGGUUACAGGUGCAGCUGUCCUCAUGGCUAUAUUCAACACUAUCAGUGGAAUCAGUGUGUUGAUGAGAAUGAAUGCUCCAACCCAGCUUCUUGUGGAUCUGCAACCUGUUACAACACCCUUGGGAGCUACAAAUGUGCCUGCCCUUCAGGCUACAAUUUUGAUGAAUUUGCCAAUACUUGUCAUGAUGUGAAUGAAUGUUCAUCUUAUAAGAAUCCAUGCUCAUAUGGCUGCUCAAACACAGAAGGAGGCUACCUCUGUGGCUGUCCACCUGGAUACUAUAGAGUCGGGCAAGGCCAUUGUGUGUCUGGCAUGGGAUUCAAUAAAGGUCAAUACCUGCCUUUUGAUGGUGAGCCUGAUGAUGCAAACCUUUUAUCUCACGAAACUUGCUAUGAAUGUAAAAUCAAUGGCUACUCCAAGACUAGUGGCAGAAGAAGAAGAAGUGUCAAUGGUACCCAGUCUGAACAGGAUGAACAGAUUAGUUUGGCUAGUCUGGAUAUGGACACCCCGAUCAAAAUGAAUCUAAGUAUCUCAGAACUUGACUACAAGAAGCACAUUUUAGAACUUGUCCCAGCCAUUGAACCACUCAACAACCAUGUUCGUUACGUUAUCUCCUACGGAAAUGAUAACAGCUACUUCCGUAUCCACCAGAAGGAUGGCUUAAGCUACCUGCACAUGACUAAGAAGAAGCCUCUGGAAGGUGUUUACACACUGGAAAUUACCAGUAUUCCUCUCUAUAAGAAAAAAGCAUUGCAGAAACUGGAAGAUAAAAAAGACAAUGACUACCUCCUUGGUGAGCUGGGAGAAACUCUCAAAAUGAGACUACAGAUCCAGCUUCAUUAAACUAGCUGAGACUUGCAUUAUUUCUAUUAAGAAUUAUUUGUUCAAUUAUCACAAACAUGCUUUCAAAAAGCUUUUACAGUCAACAGCUUUGAUUCUCCACUAUGAACUUCUUGACUUCAUAUUCUGGCCUAGACUGCAUGACCGAUUUUUUUAAAUAAAUGGGUUUUACACACUGCAGUGUUAACAAUACUGCAUAUAACCUCAGUCAUGGUUACUGUAUAUUUAAUAUCACCUCAGUUGUCUCAGUCAAUGAGCUCAUAUUUUAUGUGAGAGUCUGUGAGAGAGAAUUGUAAAAUGGCUUCUAAUAACUUAGACGAAUAGCAACAUAAUGAGCCAUUUCUCUGGAUUGCAGAUAAUAUUAUGUAACUGUUCAUAUUAUAUUAAUAUCAGUAAGCAAUGCUAAGUCAGACUGUACUGUAUACCAAAGGGCAUUCUCAGAGGAACCAGUUCAUUCACCACAUUCCUUCCCCAUCAAGUGGUGCAAUAUAUGAUAGGUAACUGUCACCAGACCCCAGAACAAAAAGGGUUAUAUUUCUUCACUUUCAUGUUUAUGGAAUGCAGUAAACCUGUACUUUCAUGAUGCUUGUACAGAAAACUGGUGCUAAUGAUAUUUAUUCUAUCAGGGUCAGCGUACUGUACAACCAAAAGUUAGAUCUUGUCAGUGAGUAACUGGCAUAGGAAUUUCUGUUUCAGAACAUCAUGAUCUGUGCAGCAUUUUACUGUAUGUUUUAUGUUUUCAAAUGCAUUUCAUGUACAAAAGAUAAUUGUGCACAUUUGAAUGCCUGAUCGUUGCUGACUAGAAGAUUGUAAAGUCUUCUUUUUAAUACUGUACAAAUGUGUUCUAUAUCAGGGGUAUAUUGGUCAACAAUUGAAACAUGGAAAAAUACGUUAAAAAUAUUUGACUUUGUAAAAGUUGGUACCUCCCUGCUUGUAAUAGCAAGGAAAUGAGCCUAAUUUUAAUACAUAUCUGUUUUGUCUAAAGAUCUAUUUUCCUUCUGCAUUGAAGAUUUCUUAGAAGAAAUUUGGCAUUUUAUUUAGAAGGGAGAAGAAAGAUUUGUAUAAAAUUCUAAAAAAAAUCUGAAAAAUGAA